GAUCAAUCAAAAUUUUGUGUGGUUCCUCUGUUGAAUCUUUUUCCACUGAGCUUUGCUACUGAGACGUUCAUGUCCACUUAAAAUAAAUUAUUGCUAUAUUGGAAGGAGAACAGCCACAUAUUCUCUCCACAUACUGUUUACGUCUGAUCGACAUGCCUUCCUAUAUAAGAUCACAUAUAUGCGCAUGGAGUGUACAAGUAAAUUAUAACACUGCACAAACUGCUUAUUAAUAAUAAUGGCAAACACAACGACCAGCAACCCAGUGAUGAUUAAGACCUCAUCCGGAGGAAUCUGGCAAGGCGAUAAUCCUCUAAGCUACGCCUUUCCUUUGCUAAUAAUUCAAACCCUUUUGGUUCUCUUCACAAGCCGCUCCCUUACUCUCCUCCUCAAGCCACUUCGCCAACCCAAAGUCAUCGCUGAGAUUUUAGGUGGGAUUUUGCUCGGACCAUCGGCAAUUGGACGUAACCAAAAUUUUGUGAAAUGGAUUUUCCCAUCAUGGAGUACUCCCAUUCUUGAAUCUGUGGCCAGCAUAGGUCUCCUCUUUUUUCUCUUCUUGGUUGGUGUUGAACUAGACUUGUCAUCUAUUCGACGUAGCGGCCGCAAAGCUUUCACAAUAGCUCUGGCUGGUAUCUCCCUUCCUUUCAUAUUCAGUGUUGGAGUCACCGUUCUCAUCCGCCAAGCAAUAAAGGGACAGGAAAAAGUCGGCUUUGCACAGUGCCUCGCGUUCAUGGGUGUUUCAUUCUCCAUUACAGCUUUUCCUGUUCUGGCUCGUAUCUUAGCGGAGCUCAAGCUCCUCACUACUCAUGUUGGAGAGACGGCCAUUGCUGCUGCAGCCUUUAACGACAUCGCUGCAUGGAUAUUACUGGCUUUUGCAGAAGCACUCUCUGAGGGAAAUGAGGGACACAGUAAUAAUAACAAGACACUCUCCUUGGUCCCGAUCUGGGUUCUUGUUUCUGGCGUAGUGUUCGUGGCCUUUAUGAUGUUAGCUGUUCGGCCCUUGAUGAGCUGGGUGUCCAAGAAGUACUCGUCGAAGCAGCAGAAGUCUAUGGACGAAGUUUACAUUUUGUUGACUUUGGGAGGAGUAAUGGCGUCGGGUUUCAUGACUGACUUGAUCGGAAUCCAUUCCAUUUUCGGAGCAUUCAUUUUCGGGCUGACUAUUCCGGAAGGGAGUGUGUUUGCAGGAAGACUGAUAGAGAGAAUCGAGGAUUUCGUGACAGGGUUGCUAUUGCCGCUCUACUUCGCGUCAAGUGGGCUGAAGACGGACGUGACUAAGAUAAGAGGGGUUGAAUCGUGGGCGCUGCUGGUGCUGGUUAUAACAACGUCGUGCGUUGGAAAGAUUCUGGGGACGUUUGUGGUGGCCAUGCUAUGUAUGAUUCCAGCAAGGGAUUCGAUUGUUUUGGGCGUGCUUAUGAACACCAAAGGUUUGGUGGAGCUUAUUGUUCUCAAUAUCGGCAAGGAGAAGAAGGUCCUAACUGACGAGAUGUUCGCCAUUUUAGUGAUGAUGGCCCUUGUUACCACAUUCAUGACGACACCAACAAUCAUGGCCAUAUACAAGUCCAAGUCUCCACCAGACAUCAGCACACGUACCCAAAGCAGUCCAAAUUUAAAGGUAACCAAAGAGAAAAAGACUCAAAUGCGAAUCCUUGCUUGCAUUCAUGGACCCGCAAGCCUACCCUCCCUCUUCAACCUCAUGAAUUUGCUCAACCAUUCACCAAUUAAGCUUUACAUCAUGCACCUUGUGGAACUCACCGACCGUUCCUCGUCCAUUAUGAUGGUCCGUCGAUCUCGCAAGAAUGGCUUUCCCUUAGUCAGCCGCUUAUGCCGGCGUGGUCCUACGUUGCAUGAGUACCCGAACCAAACAGCCGCCGCAUGUGAGGCCUACAGCCUAGUCCACAGUCAAGUCACUGUACGCCAUACAACGGCUGUGUCAGGGCUAUCCUCUAUGCACGAGGACAUACUUCAUGUGGCGCAAGCCAAAAGGGUGUCGAUGAUAAUUUUGCCGUUCAUGGAGGUUUCGGGAAAUGGCUGGGGAGGGGUCAACCAGCGGGUACUUAAGACAGCACCGUGCUCGGUCGGCAUGUUUGUGGACCGAAGCUUUGAUUUAAGGUCAGAGUGUAAUGAUCAGCUGCACGUUGCUCCUGCUACUAACAGCAGUAAUGCAUCAGAACCAACUACAACCAUUUCCUCAAGGAUGAAGAAGGUGUGCGUUUUGUUUUGUGGAGGACCAGAUGAUCGGCAAGCUUUGGAACUGGCUGGGAGGAUGGCUCACCAUGAACAUGUCAUUGUGACCGUAAUGAGAUGUUAUCAUGAGCAUGAUCAUGAAAGAUACAGUUGCACAAUCUCCAUCGUCAACGAGGAUAAGCCGGAGAAGGAGCUUGAUGAGGCUGCACUUAAUGAGUUGAAGAGGAGGAAGUCGGCAGAAGUAGAGUUGACUGAGAAGGUAGUGGAUAAUGACAUAAUAGAAACUGUGAGGAGCAUAGUGAACAAUAUGGAGUACGAUCUGGUAAUUGUUGGAAAAGGACACUUUCCAUUGAAUCAGACUUUUGUUGAUGAUCAAGCCGAGUUGGGACCCAUAGGAGGCGCAUUAACUUCUGCUCAACAUGAAAUUGCUUGUUCGGUGCUUGUUGUACAACACCAUGCGGCACCACUCUUACUGCCCAAUGAGGAUGGAAUCGUAAUGGUCUAAAUUGAAAUACCAUCUCACUUGUGUGAAUUGCUAUUUCUUUCUCUCUUGAUAUUACUCGAAUAGUGCGACUGAGGUUUUAAAUAAAAUUCUUCAUAAAUUCAAGAAGAUUCUGUUGGAAAUUUAUAGGUGAUUCAAUAGAAAGACCAAUGUCAAAAUACAACUCAAAAUGAAAAAUACAAGAGCAAUAAUAAUAUUGAUAAAAUAAUGUUGCAACUUUAGAUAAAA